AUGCCAUCGAACCGGUGCGCUCAUCUGAUGAGCACAAAGAAGAGAGAUGAAAGAAUCGACACCAUGAUUGCAUUUCUGAAAUCAGCCGUUCAAGCACAAAAAGAGAAACCAGUUCAACAGGAACAAGCACCUGGAAACGCAAUUAUGACAGCAAAACUCUUGGAACUCUGGUCUGUUCCUCAGUCCUCUAUCACUGAGAUGCGUCUUCUUCUCACUUUGGGAGCAGAUCCAGCACCGUUAUUCAAGGACAACAUUGGAGAGAAGAUACUUGCGGAUCGUAUUGAUAACGGAAGUGUUUGUGAAGAGUGUGCUACAAAAUUCAAGGAAUUCCUCGAGUUUUCUGGAACAAUCUUCGAGGAAAUGUUUGAAAGAACUCCUAUUCAAAUCAAUAAAUCAAAGAAAGUUGAUGGAGUUAUGGCACUGUGUUUAGACGGAGGAGGCAUGAGAGGAUUGGUUUCUGUUGUCUGUUUACUUUACGCCUCUAGACGCCUUCUUGGAGACGAAUCUCUUCCGAAUCUCUUCGAUUGGUUCAUAGGAACAUCAACUGGAAGUAUGCUUGCUCUUUCGAUGGUCAACAAGAAAUCAAUCAGUGAUUGUUUCUUCCAAUAUUGGGACAUGAAAGCUCAGAUAUUUCUUCGUGGAAGUACAAUGAAACGUCUGUUCAGUGAUCAAGUGUCUGUCCAAACAAAGAAUAUCGACAAAGUAUUGGAGGAAUGCUUCCCAACUCAAACUCUUCAAGCAUGUCCCACUCGUAUCACUGUCCCUGCAUUGGAUAUCAGCACUGCUCCAGCAAGACUUCACGUCUUCAGAAACUAUUCAUUCACCAAACAAUUCGGAGUUUCUUUGAAUGAAGAACAAGAUGUUCUGUUCCGAGAAGCAGCGAGAGCAAGUAGUGCUGCUCCGACAUACUUUGAACCAUUCGAAUAUGGAAACAAAGUUUUGGUUGAUGGAAGUUUUGUGGCCAAUUAUCCACUCAAUGUUUUAUUCAAGGAAUACGACAGCUUCUCGAAACAUCAAAAUCCAAUUCAUCUUGCUGGAGUUCUAUCGAUUGGAACUGGAGAACCAUCGCUCGCUCAAAGAAAAUAUAAAAGUGGAAAGAGCAUAAAAUCACGAGCUCGAAAUAUGGGGCAAUUAUCUACUCUUAUUCUUGAACAAGUCGUAGGUCAAGAUCUGACAGCUGUCGAAAUGGCUCAAGAUAGAUGUCAUGCACACAACAUUCCAUUUAAUCGGCUCAGUCCAAAAGGAAUUUCAGUCCGAAUCGAUCAGAUUGAUGAUUCCAAACUGAUGGAUAUGAUCUGGACAACUCUCAUGUAUCUGACUGAGAAUGUUCAUGAGAUUGAUCAGUUGGGCGAGAUGCUUUACAAGUUGAAGUCAGACCCGACCGAGAGGAAGCGUCGAAGCAAUACGGUUCUUUAA